GUUGAACAGAACCCGGAUGUGUGACGUGUAACCACUUCCUGUUGGGUUUUCUGCUGUUUCAAACCAGGAAGAUGGAUUUGCUGUCAGAUAAAUGGAUAGUUAAUGUGGUAUUUUGCUUGCUCUUCGUGGGUGUCGGCUCUAACUCGGUGGGAAACAAGAUCUACAUAGACCUGAAUGAAACGUUCCCGUGUGUGCGACUUCUUAACGCAACGCAUCAAAUAGGCUGCCAAUCUUCCUUUGGUGGUGAUGUGGGUGUGGUCCAUCUGCUCGAGUCGGAGGAAAAUCUGGACUGGGUCCUCAGCUCCGGUCCUAACCCUCCUUACAUGGUUAUCCUAGAAUCCACACUCUUUACUAGACCCAUCAUGAUGAAGCUGAAGCAUGGCCCACAGCGGGUGGCAGGUGUAGUUGUUGUGGAGCCGACCACAAAUCCACCAGACGGCUUCUCUCCACACACGAGCUGCCCCAAUGAGAACAUGGGUGUUUAUUCGGAGAGUUAUGGCCCCUCCUACGCCCACUGCAACGUGACGGUGUGGAACCCUCUGGGGAACGGCCUUUCCUACGAGGAGUUUGACUUUCCCAUCUUCUCCAUGAAGGACAGUAAUGACACUGAGGUCAUUCGACGGUGUUACAGGGAGCAUAACCGUGCGGUGAAUGGCAGCACUCCUCAGUACCCUUUGUGCGCCAUGCAGCUCUUCUCCCACAUGUCUGCUGUCACGGACACAGCCACCUGCAUGAGGAGAAGUGAAAUCCCCUUCAGCCUCACACCAGAAUUCGUGUGUGACCCACUGGGGGACGAGAACAUUUGGGCUUCCACAAAACCUCUGAACAACACAGCCAAGGGCCAUAAGGAGGGGGAGAGUGUGGUCAUCGCCGCAGUAAAGAUGGACAGCAGAUCCUUUUUCUUCGGCCUGGCUCCUGGAGCCGAUAGCACCGCCACGGGGCUGGUGGCGCUGCUGGCAGCUGCCAAUGCACUUCGCAAUGCCACAGCCGAGCUGAACCGCACCAUCCUCUACACUUUCUUUCACGGGGAAACCUUUGACUACAUCGGUAGUUCAAGAAUGGUGUAUGAUAUGGAAAACAAUCAGUUUCCUCUGGAUCUGGACAAUGUUCAUUCCAUCCUGGAGGUUGGACAGGUUGCUUUGGGUUCUAACUCCAGACUCUGGCUUCACUCUGAUCCUGUUUCUAGGAGAAACAGAAGCGUCAAUGUUGAGGUACAGAAACUGGUCAGUAACUUGCAUUUGGCUGCCGCGGGUUUAAACAUCUCCCUGGAGGAGCCGAACGUCACCCAGCCGCUGCCCCCCUCAUCCUUCCAGCGGUUCCUGCGAGUGCGAUCCAUCCCUGGAGUCGUCAUUGAGAAUCACCAAGCGAGCUUCACAAACAAGUACUACCAAAGUAUUUUUGACAACGCAGAAUCUCUCCAGCUGAAUUAUUCACCAAAUCUGACUGCAGAGGAGCAGCUGGAGUUCGUGACAGAUGCUGCAAAGAAUUUGACUGAGGUUGCGACCGCAGUGGCUCGGGGUCUGUAUCUACAGGCAGGAGGUCAUCCGGCAGGGAUGAACACAGUUCAGGCCGACAGCAAACUGGUUAGCAAGAUGCUCUACACUUUUCUUGUUCGAGGGAAGAACUCCUGGUCUGAGCAACUAGUGUCCUCGGGUUUGGCGAGCUCCCUGAAGGACAAGCCGACAAAGUUCUACAUCGGUGUGGAUCAAGAGAUGAGCGAACCGAACUUUAUGGUUCAGACCAUUCUUGCUAACCUGACCGGCACCAUCGUCAACGUCACCAAAGAAAACUGUCAGAAACAAAAAGAGGACGAGGAGGACAAUAGGAACAAGCAUUUGUAUUACUACCAAUGGGUUCAGGGCCCGCUCCGUCCCAACAGUACAGAGCGGGACAGUUUCUGUGUUCGCUCCACUGUGCGUAAGUCCCCAGCGAAGUCUCCUGCCUUCGUACUGCGCGAGUACACCUCCAAAGACUACUCCACGUGGACCGAGUCCAGAUGGAAGACCAUUACAGGGCGCAUAUUCCUGGUGGCCAGUCAUGACCUGGAGAUGCUGACCCUUGGAGUGGGCGUGGCCGUGCUGCUGGUGUCUCUUCUCCUCACGUACUUCGUCAGCUCAAAGGCGGACAUACUCUUCAGCUCAGGGAGGGAGCCCACCAACGCCACCUACUGAUCCCCUUCUGAGGCACCACUACGACAAUUACCACUCCUCCUACCCCAACCACACAUGGACGGCUUCUUUUAAAAGCAGGUACACAAACAGGUUAGACUUUGCAGCAGCGAGUCUCUAAGCCUUCAACCCCAUCCGUGUUCAUGGACUCACUCCCGUGAGGCGAGAUGUCUCCACCUGUCUGGACUGGGACGGCCUGGAUGGACGUGGACUCAGCCGGGUGGGAACUCCCUGGUCAGGCACCAGCAGGCUCCGUCAGCGCAGAAGAUGUUUAUAUUCCUUUUGUUUUUAGGUUCUUGUUUUCCCUUUUUACUGUAAGAGAAUGUUUUGUUUACGGUCAUGGGAUGGGCACUAAACAUGGAGCAUUAUUUUGCGUGUUUGUGUGUGUGGGUUAGCAGUGAACUGCCUGAUUCUGAGUGUAUGAACAAUUCUGAGAGCGAGUGUGCGUCUGAGCUUUGUAUGGGGAUUGCAAUGGUAUGUGCAAUACUGUAGCUGUCUUCUUUGUCAGAGUAGUUCACUUGUCAGUCGAUGCUAAUGAUAGGAAGCCACUUUGACUCUGUGAACUAAUAAUAAAUUGUACAUUUCAUAUUUUGAAACACUAAGACAUUUGAGGUCGAGUACAACUAACUAUGGGUCCUGAGGAGAUGCCAUAAAGUCGUGUUUAGUCUCAGAAUUUCCUGCAUCUUUAUGCCUUUCUGACCCACUGCUCUCUUUUCGUCAAGCAGAGAAACUCUUACGGUGAUCUGACCAGAAUUGAUCCUGAUAAACAUGGAAUCACAGGCGUUCUGCCAAAUCUGAUGUCUGGAGAGAAAUGCAGUGGCGGUUCUACACUGAAUUACUCCCCACUCACACAUUUUCAUUAAAAGAAAAAAAAACAACUCCACGAUUUUCUUUUUAGUUUUUCAGCUUUAUAACUUUUAAAUGGAACAAGUUGACAAAGUUAGAAAGUGCUAGGGGCGGCAUAUGAUUCAUUUAAUGGCUGGAUCCUGCCGGCCGGAUGUGAAGCGUAAGCACUAACCAGGUUCUGGUACUUUGGUUGCGCGUUCUCUGUGGAUCUUCUAUCACAGUGUGUGUACAGCUUUUUGGAAACGAUGACGACACACGAGGUUUUAAUUCGGUUGAUGGGAUUCAUUCGGUGACUGGAAUCAAACACCAGUAAUGAUGCCUUUAUGCAAAAAUAAACAAGGUUUUUCCCCCAGGA